UGAUUUUCGAUGAAAAACUGAUUACUUACUGUGAAAAGUUGAAAAAUCAGUGUUUUUUUUUUAAAUGAUGUAACAUGGGCAACAAAAUAUCAACUUUCACAGAGGAUCAACUAGAUGCAUAUCAGGAUUGUACAUUUUUCACAAGAAAAGAAAUUUUAAGAAUAUUCAACCGUUAUCGCAUGUUAUCACCAGGAAAUGUUCCUGAAGAUAUGAGAGAUGGAAAAACUAACUCAUUUAGAAUUCCUUUACCUGAAGUAGAGAAAAUGACCGAGAUCAAGGAGAAUCCAUUUAAAGAAAGAAUCUGUAAAGUGUUUUCUGAAGAUGGAUCUGGUGACAUGUCAUUUGACGAUUUCCUGGACAUGUUUUCAGUGUUUUCUGAAGCAGCUCCAAGAGAUAUUAAAACUACAUAUGCCUUUAAAAUUUAUGAUUUUGACUGUGAUAACUUCAUAGGAAGAGAUGACUUGGAGAGGACCCUGACCUGUCUCACUAAAAAUGAACUGUCUGAUGACGAAAAACAGUUUAUAGUUGAUAAAGUAUUAGAAGAGACAGAUCUUGAUGACGAUGGAAUGUUAUCGUACAUAGAAUUUGAACAUGUUAUAUCUAGAUCUCCAGAUUUUCUGAACACAUUUCAUAUACGAAUAUGAUUAGAACAGUAAUUGAAGGUACUUUGACAGCAACACAGUUUUGUACUAAAAGUUUCAACAAAUGAACUUCUUUUGUUAGUUUUUUCAACAUGUUGAGUUCUGAUUGACUGUAACGUUUGAUUAAAGAUGCAAAUUUUAAAACCAAGGAUACUUGUACAUCAGUUCUGGAUAAAACCAAAUUUAUAUAUUGUAUUUGUUGAUUAUGUGAUUGAUGCUGAUUUGCUUCCUUAGAAACAAAGAAAGCAAAUUAAUUGGAAAGUGAAAACAUACAUGUGAUAUUAACAUAAAACUUAUGUCCAGGUACCAUGUUUAUAUUAUUUGUGAUAACAUUUAUUUCAAAAGAUUUUUCAAAAAUUUUGCAUGUGAAUUUGAUUUAUAAGAAUUUUAAAAUCAUAACUGAAGCCUUGUCUUUAGAAAGAAUUCAAAAUGUAUAUGCAACAUUUUCCUCUGAAGAAUAAGUAUAAUGUUAUUUUUCCAAUGGAAUAUACUAGUCAUUAUAACAUUUUAUGAUUUUUUUUUUCAACUUUUCUGAAACUACACUGUGAAUCAGGGCUUCCAAAAUAUUUUUGAGCCAGCCGGACAUUUCAUAUCUUAUCCCGAUUUUUUAUCCCUUAAGACUUAGUAAAUUAGGCAACUAUGAUAAUCAGUUGGCCAUCAUAUAUGAUAUAACCAAUGAUUGACAUUAAAACGAUUUAAACUUUACUUUGAUAUAAAUUCGAUGUUCUGACGUAAAGUGUUAAAUUGAAAGUGCAGCAUUCGAAGUGUGCAACAUCAGUGUACUAAUUCUGCUUAAUUCCUCUUUAGACUCUUUAUUUGUGCAAAAUAACGCUGUCAAAAGCUUUACUUUCGUUUUUAAAAUCACAUUUUCCUAAUGCCUGAU